AUGGCUCCGACGCUGCUGGAUAUGGCUCAGAUUUUUGGCUUUAGGCCUCAUGGAAGACCUGUUGAUGCUGUUGGUGAUUAUCACAGGAAGAAGGACCAGCAGAAGCUAGCCAAGCCAUUCACUAUUUCCCCAGCCCUGAUCAACCAGAAUUGCUCCUUCUCCAAUUAUCUCAGAAAAUUUAGUGCUGAGAAGGACAAAGAUCAGCAGCAUAUGUUGUUCCUCCUGUAUUGGCUGAACAGGUUUGUUCUGCCCAAUCGCUGUUCUGCAGUUCUGCUUGAGUAUUGGCAUCUGGCAGAAGCUCUGCAUAAUCAUACUAAUGUUGGACUCGGGCCUACAGUUCUGGCCCAUCUAUUCAAGAACCUGCAUACCGCCACCCUGGAGUAUCCGCUAAAUCUGUCUGCUCCUGGUGCCUUUUGGAUGAUUCAGAUCUGGCUGCAGGUCUAUUUUCCUGAGUUAAGGUUUCCAGAUAUAGUUCUGCCUGAGGACCAGGUUCUGGCUCAACCAUUGUUGUCGGCAGAAGUCCCCAAGCGAUCAAUCGAUGAGUACCUGAUGAUCUUCAGGCAUUGUACCAAAAGGUCUGCAGCGCAGUGGCAAGUGGUGAUUAGGAGGACCUAUCCGUGGUUUCAACCUGGACAUCGUCUGUUUGAGAAGGAGCCAGAAGACGAAUCUGUCAGAACUGAUUUUAGGAAGAAGUUCCUGAGUGUGACCUUACCCAGAGAUCUGCCUCAUGGAGGAGGAAAACCUCCAAAUUAUCAUUUAGGGGCGGAAGUCUACCAUCCCAACUUCUGUGCAAGGCAACUUGGCUGCCCUCAGCUCAUACCCCUCAAGUCAUACAGAAGCUGUAAUCGGGGGUCUUCUUGGAGGGACGCGGAUGACUUGGAGGUCCACAAACAUGCCAGUGAUGAUGCUAAUCUUUUCUGUCUGUACUCAGAUCCCUCUUUGACAAAGAAUAUAGGGAGCCAACCAGCCCAAAGUGGAGAGGUGUUUGUUAAUUCUGUUAUUGCUGCCGGGGAUCUGGAGCUGCCCUCCGGGAAUGGAGAGGAGGAAGAAGAAGAAGAAGAAGAAGAUCAGGUAGAACAGACUCCUGUCGAGGCCACUUCUCCCGUUAAAAGAAAGAGAAAAGAAACUGCCCAGUCUAUGACUCCAGUUGGAAGUCCUUCUCCUCCUCUUACUAAGUCAAAAAGACUUAGAAAGAAGAUUGUAGAAGAAUAUGUGGCCCCGGAGGGAACUAGGGCAAUUCCUACCACCACUUCUGGCACGAAUGAUGACCUGAGAGAGGCUUUCGAAGCUGUGGGGCAAGAAAGGGAGCUGGAAGAGCUGGAAGAGGUAGGAGAGGAGCCUCAAGAGAAGGCCAAAAUAGUGGAAGAAGAGGAGGAAAUUCCUACCGAGGUGAUAGCGGAGAGUAUUGCCUUGGCUCGGAAGCAGCAGGAAGAUAUAAGGGCAGGGCUAACCAACUUAGAGGUGGCCCUUUUUGAUGAUCCAGAGGCAGAACAUUCCACUGCCGCUCCAACAGCUGAGGAGCAGGCAGAGCAAAUCGGAUCAGAGCCUGGGGAACAAUCAGAACAAGUGGUUCCUGCUCCUGAAACCAUAGCAGAAGUGGCUGCUGCCGUUCCUGGCUUCAUGGCAGAAACAUCGAAAACUGCUGGGAUCUUGGCAGUGAGGACCAUCCCCUCGCAGCCUCCGAUUGUUGCUGUGAGUGCUUUUGUACUUUUUGUUUUCUUCUUUUCUGUUUCUGCCUUGUUUUGA